CCAUCCAAAAUCCCCGGUCGUAGGGAGCCUUUUCACCCUUUUCACUCCACGUGGCUAUUCUUCUCAUUCAUUCUCAACAUCUCUCUUCCUUUUUUCUUUUUUGUGUGCGCUUUGUGUCCUUAUAUAUAACUACGGUUUAAAUAGCGGUCCGUUAUCGAAAUAGCAACCGUUAUAUAGUGGUAGCGGCACCGUCCGAAACUGCUAUUGUCGAAACCCGCUAUACUCGCAAUAUACAAUAAGUAGUAUAAAAUUCACGACCGCGAUACCCGCAAUGACCGCAAUAGUAUCCGUUAUGUCCGCCCGACCGCAAUUUAAAUCCCUGUAUACGACUCUCUCUCCUAUUGUUUCCUUUUCAUUCCAUUAAACCCUUUUAAUUUCAAAGAAUUAUUAUUAGCCUUCUGUUACGCUCGCCUCUUCUCUCAGUUUCUUUUACUUUCAGUUUUUCUUUUUUGCUUUUGAUUGGUUCGAAUAUGUCGAAGACUAUUCUGGUGACCGGCGGAGCCGGUUAUGUCGGGAGCCACACGGUGUUGCAGUUGUUGUUAAGCGGUUACAAAACAGUGGUUGUUGAUAAUCUCGACAAUUCCUCGGAUGUUGCUCCCAAAAGAGUCAAAGAACUCGCGGGUGAAUUCGGCAGGAACCUUUCCUUUCACCAGGUGGACCUUCGUGAUAGACCAGCCAUUCAAAAAAUAUUUGCUCAGACAAAAUUUGAUGCUGUGAUUCACUUUGCUGGACUAAACGCAGUUGGUGAAAGUGUAAGUAAACCAUUGCUCUAUCAUGACAACAAUAUCAUUGGGACAAUUCUCCUGUUGGAAGUCAUGGCUGUACAUGGAUAUAAAAAUCUUGUCUUUUCAUCAUCUGCUGCUGUUUAUGGCUGGCCAAAGAAGGUUCCAUGUACAGAAGAGUUCCCCCUGUCUGCAGUGAAUCCAUACGGACGAACCAAGCUUUUCAUUGAAGAGAUUUGCCGCGACCUCCGUAAUUCUGAUUCUCAAUGGAAGAUCAUACUGCUAAGAUAUUUUAAUCCAGUUGGUGCUCAUCCCAGUGGCCACAUAGGUGAGGAUCCCCGGGGUACUCCAAACAAUCUCAUGCCUUUUGUACAACAAGCUGCAGUUGGUAGGCUGCAAGCAUUGACAGUGUUUGGAAAGGAUUAUGCAACGAAGGAUGGUACCGGGGGGCCAUUUCUUGUAUCUUUUCGGGUUCGUGAUUACGUCCAUGUUGUUGAUUUAGCAGAUGGCCACAUUGCCGCACUAAAAAAACUAUCUGAUCCUAAAAGAGGUUGUGAGGUAUACAACUUGGGAACAGGAAAGGGAACAUCAGUUUUAGAAAUGGUUACAGCAUUUGAAAAGGCAUCCGGGAAGAAAAUCCCUCUUCAAAUAGCCGGACGUCGACCCGGUGAUUCCGAAGUCAUUUAUGCUUCAAUAAAAAAGGCCGAGACUGAAUUGAAAUGGAAAGCAAAGUAUGGUAUUGAAGAGAUCUGCGAGGAUCAGUGGAACUGGGCUAGUAAGAACCCAUUUGGAUAUGGAUCUCCUUAGUAAAAAAAAAUAGGACACCUAGACAAUUUUUUUCAUACCACACCAUUCUUUCUAUCCCAUUUUUUUAGCUUAAUUUUUUCCCUAAUUCUUUUACCAUUCAGAUGUGUUUUUUUUAACCUUGUUAAAAUGAACAUUGAUCAUAAUCAUUAAUUUGACAAUGCCCUCUUUUGUCA